UGCCGCACGUGAGCUUCGAUCGUUUGCUGUUGCACAACUUCCACUCCGACGCAUCCGAUCACCGACAGGGACACGCCGGACGCGUUCCGGACCGGCUGCCAUUGACCGACAACACGAAAGGGCGUGUUAGUGUGCGCACGCGUGCGUGUGGAGGGCUAAGAAUUCAGUUUUAAGGUGACAGAAGUAGCCGAGGUUUUUUUGUUGUUGUUGUUUCGUCGUUGAUUUUCUCACAACUCGGAAGCCACAAUGCUGUCUCGGAGCGUUGUGCUAUUCGCCGUGGUUGCUGCGAUGGUUGGUCUGGCAGCGGCCCAGGAAACACUCGAUGAUCUGUAUCUGUCACUGUACAACCUGACGGAGAACAAGAACACCAUAACGGAACCACCAGCAGCGGUAGCUCCGGCAAAACCAGCAGCGGCUGCCGUCACACAGGCUCCGGUACCUGCGGAACAGCGUUAUACCUGCACGGGUGAAUGCGUCCAGUACUAUCUGUGCAGCGACAACCAGAUCAUCACGGAUGGCGCCGGUAUCAUCGACAUUCGCGUCGGUGAGGAUAAGGAGGAAGAGAGCGAGUGUCCGCACUUCCUCAACACCUGCUGCGAGAAGAGUGCGGUGCUUGAGGAACCACCGGCCAGUUUGGUCACACCUAAGCCACCACCAGCGACUGAUGGUGGCGUGAGCAAACCCCGACCGACGUGUGGAUUCCGCAACGCCGAAGGACUCGGUUUCCGUAUCACGGGCCAAUCGAACGGUGAAUCGGAAUACGGCGAGUUCCCGUGGAUGUUGGCUGUCUUGCGCGAGGAACGCGUUGCCGACAACAACCUCAACGUGUACGAGUGUGGUGCGUCGUUGAUCGCACCGAAUGUGGCUUUAACGGCGGCACAUUGCGUGUUCAACAAGCAGAAGGAACAGCUGCUCAUCCGUGCCGGAGAAUGGGACACCCAGACACGACGUGAGCUGCACCCGCACCAGGACCGUCGGGUGGUGGAUGUCAUCACACAUAAAGACUUCAACAAGGGCUCGCUGGCGAACGAUGUCGCACUGUUGAUCCUGAACGAACCGUUCCAGUUGGCACAGAACGUGCAACCGAUCUGUCUCCCUCCGAAGGGCACCACGUUCGAUCACAGUAAGUGCUUCGCAAGCGGUUGGGGCAAGAACGUGUUCGGUAAGGAGGGCAAGUACCAGGUGAUCCUGAAGAAGGUCGAGCUGCCGGUUAUGCCACACGCCGAAUGUCAACAGUCACUGCGCACGACGCGUCUUGGCAAGCGUUUCGUGCUACAUCCGAGCUUCCUGUGUGCCGGUGGUGUGUCCGGCAAGGACACGUGCCGUGGUGAUGGAGGAUCACCGCUGGUUUGUCCGAUUCCGGGCUCACCGACGUACUAUUACCAGGCCGGUAUCGUUGCGUGGGGCAUCGGGUGUGGUGAGAAUGGCAUCCCCGGGGUGUACGGUAACGUGGCGUUCAUGCGCGAUUGGAUCGACCAGCAGCUUGCCGAACACAGCAUCCUUGCACGGGAUUACGUCUACACGCCUUAGGACGAAUGUUUCACAUUUUUCGACCACCACAACCAACGACAGACAAAACACUGGGACUGUGAGAUGUUGGGGAGUGUUUUGAGGGUUUUUAAUAAACGGAAACGCUACUUUUAAUAAAC